AUGGUCCUAGCCGAGUUAGAACAGGAAAAUUAUAACUUGGCGAGGAAGAUGGAAAAUAUGAAAAAACAGUGGGAAAACGAAAUUGAAAAAAAUGUGCAAACAAAAUUAAAGUUGGAAGAGAGUAAAACAAAACGUGCUGACUUGAAGCACAAGUGUGAUGCAUUCUUCUCUCAAGUCGAAGGACUGCACCUUCAAUUACAGCAAUCUGAAGAAGACAAUGGCGACUUACGCAUCAAACUUCGAGACAGAGAAACUAGGAUUCAAACAUUGACUGAUUCGGUAAGUAUCAUUAUAUAAUAUUCUCAGAUAUUACACAAAGAAAAGAUUAGUUAGCAAGACGUAGUUUGGACAUUGGAAAUGUGGUAAUAAAGUACAGUACGUAACCUUAAAAUUAAUUGAACCAACUUUAGAGACAAAUUAGGAUAAUAAAAGGCCUUAAUUAUUUGUGUAUAUUAAUUAAGGGACAUGCAUUUACUUCGCUUAAUUGCUUGUCAGCCGCAAGUGCAUGUAGUGUCAAUCUAAAGUCUGCUAAACAGUAAAUUAAGCGUUUCUCUUGAGCUUGUACACCGGCUCUAACAAUUUUCCAUGCUAGAACGACGUAACUUUUUUAUUAUCCUUAAUUAAUUCUUACUGUUUUUGGUAGAAUGAACUGAGUGACACUUUAAGCUUCAAUCCUUGAUCAUGCACCGUUGGCUGCGGUUCUAUAGUGAAACCCUUUGGGCUUGGUUAUUUGCCUCAGGAUAGUGCCAUCCCCUAGAUAGAGAUUUUUUCAAUCGUUGUAUAAAAACACUUUAAGAGCUACAAAAACCUCGGAUAUGGACCUCGCAAUUAAUAAAAAUUUAAUUUUUAUAUACUAAUGUUGAAUAUGGGAUAUACUGACCAAUCAACCGAGACAUUUAUACAAUUUUAGAAAGCUUCAAAUCAAUGUCCGACUUUCCUGCAACGCCCAUAUAGUAAAAAAGUAUAACAGAUUACAAUUGCACGCGAUGUUUACAAUUAGAUUAUUAAUAAGUAUUUUGUUUCAUAAUAACUUAGUUUAAGGACUAUAUAGUACUAUCAAACGAUAGCAAUAUGUUGCAAGAUGCAAAUUAAAUAGAAUUAAUCACUGAUAACCACUUGUGGGGCGGAUUUCGAUUCGAAGGAGUAAUUUUUGGGUCUGGGAGGGUUAACAUAACAUAAGUUAUAUAUAGUGUUCACUGAAUGGGCUUUCUUUUUUUAUAUAGUUAGUAUGUAUAAUAGAUUUUUCAUAUUUGUAAAUAUUAAAUUCUAACGGCCCCUUGAAAAGCAGUUUAAACUGAAGGGCUACCGUUUUUAAAUAAGAUGAAUAGUAAUAAUAAUAAUUAAUUUUCUCAAGCCAGCUACCUUUUAUAGAACGUUAGAUCUUUUCUUGUAUGUGCAAGUAUGUACUACACACUCAGACAACUGCAUGUUUGUGUUUAAACAUAUUUUAGGCUGCAAGAAAUUUGUCCGCAGCUAUGGAACAGAUCGAAGUGUUGCGGCAACAGGUCGCUGUAUACGCUGAAGAUUUUGCCAAGGAGCGGUCUGAUCGGGAGCGGAUUGAAGCUGAAGCUGAAGAAGAAAAUAGAGCAUUAGGCGAACAGGUAAGAGGGUCUAUAGUUACAGUACAGGACACAGAGUUGACGUCAGCGCAAUCGUCCAUCAUCCCAGAGAUCGUGGGCUAGAUUAUCGCUGCGGGCUCAUACAUGACACUUCGUUAACGGAGUAAGUCAGUGCUCUAUCUUCGCGGUUUUCGCGAGGUGCUCGGGUUUCCUUCUGUAUGUUGACAAAGUGUGUUGAGAUAAAUUCCAAACUACCCCUUCAAUCGUAGGCUCCAGUGGCGAAGCUAGCAAUAGCAACUGGUCAUGCUAUGCAAAUGUUAAAUUAUUUAAACCUUUAGGAAUGUAUUGUUUUUAGCCGAUCUAAGACCCCGUUCUCAUGCACGAUACCGGCAGAGUUUGAAAGUGGAACGAAAUUCUUACGUUUAGGGAUUGCGUUCACACGAUGCCGGUAUGAAAAAAUGUGAAACCGUAACGCUAACCGUAAGAGUUUGAAAACGGAACGAAAUUCUACCGUCAGAGUGCCGUAACCAUUACGGUUAUGCAAAAUGAAAUUAACAAAACUGCAAAAGUUGUUGUUGGAUAUUUUAUCCUGUCUAUUUUAACUGAUUUGUGCAGCAUAUUGUCAAAGCGGAAUAUAAUCUGCCGGUAUCGUGUGAACAGUUGAACCGUGAUGAUUUUCUGCCGGCAUAAUUGCAUGCCGGUAUCGUGUGAACGAUGUCUAAAUGUACGUUUAUUAGCAUACUCCAUAGGAGGACCAGAUGCCACGGCUAGCUUCGCCUCUGAUCGUACUAGCUAUGCUCCAUGAUCAGACAUGGAUCACACAUGCAGUAGCGGCCAGAGGUGUUCGUAUACUACGUCUUCGACUGCAUGGAUCCCUCUUAAAUAUAAUGAAAAUACAAAAAAGAUAUCUUCGAGUUGUAUGUGUUUCAACUGUCAAAAAUUAAUCGGAUCAAACAUUUACUAGACAUGAAAACAGUGCUCUUAUUAAUGGAAGUAUUUGUAUUCAGUAAAUUAUUUUAUUGCUCAACAGUAUAUGGAGCAAUACAUCAAAACAGAGCAUAAGAAAGCUGCAACUUAGUGCGGAAUUUUGCUACUAUGGUUGUUCUGGCUUCAAAAAAUAUUGCCAUAUUUCUGAGGGGUUAUGAUCACUGAAAUGCGUAAUGUAAGGGAUAUGCUGUCUCGAAAAAUUUAAUGAUGCAGUUAUGGUUCAUAAGUGCCUUCAUGGUGGAGUGCCAAUAAAUUUACACUUCGUUCUGGUGUACAUAACAGAAAUACAAGCCAAAGCGAUAAUUAAAAUUAACCUAAAUGUAAACUAACAACCAGACAAAGAAUGUUCUCUUACAGAGGGGCAAAAUUGUUUAAUGAUCCACUUCGCGAUAUCAAGAAAAUUGAGAACACAAAGAUUUUUAAGAAAAGACUACUAAGUUACCUUAUUAGCAAGUAAUCUAUUAGCCUAACCUAUUUUGGCCAUUAAAUUAACUAUAUAUGUAUAUAGUAUUUAUCUGUUUGUAGCGGACGAGCCCUUUUUAGAGUAAUGUUUCUUUGUCUAUGUCUAUGCACUUCGUAACUCAGUUCAGAUCCUAGCUGCAAGUAAGGAUGAUUAGCACAUUCCGCACUUACUUACUUCUUUCAUAGAAGUUAAAUCACCUUGUAUGAAAUAUAUACAAAAUACAGACGGCUGCAUUGUUAUGUUUAAAAAAUGUUUUAGGCUGCAAUGAAUUUGUCCACAGCUACAGAAGAGAAUGAGGUGUUGAGGCACCAGAUUGAAGCUGACAGAGAGCGUCUCGUAGACUUGGAAGAAGAGAUCGUGGCAUUAAGGCAACAGGUAAGAGGGUUUAAUUACAUUGAGCAGUUGUCUGCGCAAGCGCCCUUUUCACCGGCGAUCGUGGGCUCAAUUAUUACUGCGGACUUACGACACGUAUAUAUGAUUGAAAAGAGUCAAUCAACGUCAUACCAAAAGUCUUUGGUUUCUUUCUAAGUUGACAACGUGUGUUGAGAUUAAUCUCCAAACUAACCCCCUUCAUCGUAUGGCUAUACUCCGUGAUCAGUCACGAAGCAAACAGUGGUUGCCAGAGGCACUCUUAGUAAGCCGCUGACUGGAUCAUGUUCAACUCCAUCCUUCGUAAUUCACGCAAUCAAGUUAUCAUUAAUUUACAGCUUAUGAUAGUAAGUCUGGCAAGGUUCUGUAUUGUUGUGUUGUGUUGUGUUGUGUUGAUUUUGUUAUAUAACCUCGACCUGGAGAACUAAGUCAUGUAUUCAACAUUCGCCGGGGCGCGCAAACGUAUUUAGUUCAUGAUUGUGGAGCUUUUGUUACAAAACAGAUUCUGGUUGAGCAUACGCACUUUAUAUGCUACAAUGUGGUUGAGCAUGUGCGCGUUUUCAUUUAACUUCCCACAGGUGAAGCAGCAUAUAUUUUGUAUCAGUUCCCUGAGUAUGGCCGUGCGAGAUAUUUGGGUGUUCAAUUAUCCUGCUAGUCCUCGGAUGCCAGAUGAUAGAUACUCAGACGCAUUCAGUGGAUGGUGGAGUUUGACGGGCCUCAGGCAUGGCUGAUAGUCUCUUUCUCGUCUAGAGACGUGCCGCGUUUAUCUACACGCUUUUAGUAAUUUUAUUAAUUAGAAAUAGCUGUAAAGAAUACCUCUACACACUGUUAAACGAAACUUUGCGGCUUUCCUCGUGUUUUGCGAAACGGCAGCUUCGUAUAUUACCAAUAUAUGCUCGUCUGCAUCAACCGGAACGAAACGGGAAGCCGUUUUGUUUUUUGUCUGGAGAGGAAUAUUGCAAGGAUAGCCGAUAUCAAACAAAACCAACACAAUCAUGAACUAAAUACAUUUAUUAUUCUAAAUAUAGAAAAUUAUAAUCUUGUUGUCUUUAUAUUAUAGGCAAGACGUGCAUUAAGGAUUGGGCAACCGGUUGUCUUACCUGCUCAUGAGGUAAGCCUGUUUCCUUAAAAUCUGUAUAGACCCAUUGCAUUGACGUCACAAAUCCUUAGAGUGUCCUCCAGAGUCCAGAUGCUCCCUAACAAUAUCUGUUCGGGUACAACAACCACAUACAGCGCAUAAAUUAACCAUUUUAAUACAAAAUUAUUAUAAAGUUUUACAAAAUUUGCUUUGUUUACAAAAGUUAUAUUAUGGAUAGAUUGCAAAUUUGUCCUCCAGAUGCAGCGGUACCGGCGCUGUGACGUCAUGUGCAAUGGGUAUAUACAGUACUUUGAAAACUACUACUUCUUGUCUACUACUUCUUGUCUACUACUUGACAGAUUUUUUUCUCUGCUGAGCUAGGGUCACCAAAUGCUGUUUUUCUAUCGAAUUGCUCAGUAGCUAACUAAAUCAUGGUUAUAUAUUUCUAUGACCAUACUGGUUCGGUCAGGCUUCAUUACCCUUUCUCAUGCAUGCGAGCCCAUACCCGCCAUCAGAGAAUUUAGUCAAUCUAGACAAUGUGACAAGCGACUUUUCAAAGUUGUAACUGUAAAUUUACCAUUUAUCCACACACAACUACAGUGAUAAAAAGUCGCAUUUCGCGGUGCUGUUAUACUGUAGACACUCUCAAACUUGGGAGAGGCCAGACCGGUACUGCUGGAUUGAGAAGAUCCAACUACCUGAAAAAUACAAGUAAGGCCGAACGAAGGGCCUUUGCCCGAAACAUCGAAGUUUUACCUGUAUUUUUCAGGUAAGUGAAUCCCUCUCAAUCCGCAGCUUUCUGGUGUUAUUAUCACUAUAGCUACGCUGGCACAGAUCGUUCGAAUUCUUAUUUGGUGGCCUCACAAUCUUGUGUUUUACAGGAAAUGCCUGCUGUACUGGAAUGA